UUUUUGGGUAUAUAGUAACCCCCAAAUGCCUCUUUCUCUCUCUCUCAUCAACGCCUCUCUCUCUAUCUAACAAUUAUAGCGACGAUGCAAGGCCUCCGGUACAGCCUCCUUUCCGACGGCGGCGUCCGCCUCGAGCUGAGCCCCUCCGCCGCGUCCCCCCUGGCCAUCGACGUCGCUGAAUCGGCGGAGACGCGAAUCCAGCGCCUAAUCUCGGAGAAUCCGGUGAUCAUCUUCAGCCGCCCCUCCUGCUGCAUGUGCCACGUCAUGAAGCGCCUCCUCUCCACCGUGGGCGUCCACCCCACCGUCAUCGAAUUGGACGACGACGAGAUCGCCGCCCUCUCCCCCCGCCCCGCCCCCGACCUCUACAUCGGCGGCGCUCCCGUCGGCGGCCUCGAGAGCCUCGUCGCCCUUCACUUGAGUAACAAUCUCGUGCCUAAGCUUGUCCAAGUUGGUGCCCUAAAAAAUCAUCAGUUCCUAAUUAAUUAAUUAGCUUCGAUUAAUUAAUUUUUACUACUACCUUUUUUUGCCUUUUUAAUUAUAAGAAGAAUCAUAUCAUUAUUUACUACUACUACUACAGUAUUUCUAGAUGGUAAUUAGGGAAAUUAAAUAAGAUGCAUCAUUUGGUAUUGUGAUUUGGGGUUUUGUAAGCUUGUGAAUUAGUGUUGGUAAUUGUGAUUGUGACUAUCUACUUUCAAUGAAGAAAUUUGCAAGAAUUAUUGUUA